CUAUACGAUUAUCCAAUCCUAGAGCAGGAGGCGGGAUUUGUCGGAAUUCGAGUGGGGGACAAAUAACGCGUUUGGCGCCGUGCAAAUUCACGAAGAUGCCCCCCAAAACUAUGGAGCCAGUGGCCAGGAAGAUUUUUAAAGGAGUGCUCUUUCUGGAGGUGCUUGGCGUGUCUGCGGCUUACGGGCUCUAUUACAGAAUGAACACGAGCCGAGAUUUCAGAUGCACAAUGAACAAACACUUUCCCUCGAUUCUGGAAGUUUAUUACAAGUCCAACGAAUGGGCCGGGAACUACGGCAUCCGGGAAGCCGAUCAAGGCGUGUGGUCUACAGGGCAGGAACGGAAAGACAGCUAGACAGACAGAAACACUCCGGAGGACGAAAGCCAUCACAUCUUCCUGCCUACAGUCUUUUUGCCCGGUUUGCCUUUCCCAAACUGUUUCCUCUUCUUAAACAUGGCCUUCUUCCUCCUGAGCGUCUUGACAUCACGUCCCCUGAGCCAAUCAUCACGCUGGACCUCCCAUUUCAGCUGUUUGACACCUGAAGAUGAGCAGAACAACAGACUGCAUGAGGAGAUUUUUUCCACAACGUAUGAACGAAUAUUGUGUUAAAUUUUCAGUGUCAAUGAUUAUAAAGUUUGUGGCUUCACCCUUGUGAAGGGAUCUGGCUGGCAUCUAGCCAAGUCAUUUAAAACAAAUCUAAUAAUUAUUCAUUAAAGUCAUUUUCAAUCUA